AUGUCUUCAUUAUUAGAAAAGUCAUUGGAUGAGAUCAUUGGAUCGAGUUCAAAAGGUCCAACUAGAAACCGCAAUGCGCACAAGACAGGCAAAAGAGGAGGAGUGAAUAAGCCAAGCCAUCGAGGUGGGCGUGGAGCUAGAGGUAAUUCCAGAAGUGGAGGACACAGAGGUGCACGGCCCUUUGGAGGAUCUGGUUCCAAUGGGAAAGCGACGGAAAUCAAGGUGACCAAUCUACAUCCCGAUUUGACUGCGCAGGAUUUGGGCAAAUUGAUGGAGACCAUUGGGCCAGUUGUGCAGGUUGAUUUGAAGUUCAAUACGUUGGGCAAAUCCACCGGUGUUGCCUAUGUUGAGUUUGAAUCGAGCAGGGAUGCAAGAGAGGCGAUCAGAAGGUUUGAUGGCCGGUUAGCGGCGGGCCAGAUCAUCAACGUGUCAACCACGAUGUCAUUAUUGGACAGAAUUGGAGGCAGACAAGGCCAGGAGCUCAGAAGGGAGAGACAAGCUCCAAAGAGUAAGAAGAACAAGCCUAAGGCGCCUCCACGUAAAUCCCUGGAAGAUCUAGAUAACGAGCUAUUGCAGUACAUGAACGGCGCAGCGCCGGUGGAUGCUGUUGGAGGCCAACCAGCACAAGAACAAGCACAGGGGCAAACAGACAUGUCAGUGCCAGCGGACGGGUCAGCUGAGCAGCAACAACAGUGGGGACAAGUUGCUGCAGCGGUGCCUGCAGUUGGUCAUGUUGAGGAUGCAGGUCAAGGAAUUGCGUCUACCGAAGCCCACGAAAUACACGGUGAUGAAGCCAACGGUGGUGCUGCUCUGGAUGCAUUCCCCGUUGCCAACAACGACGUUGCAAUGGAGUAG